ACGGGAACUGACUAACCUCCCGCGUGAUGGCUUUCUCAGCAGCGCGAGGAUGACCAGUUGGUGAUUCAUCUCUGGCAGGACGGCCAGAGCGGGAAAUCCCAUGGCAGCUCUCGGGAGGACGUCCUAUAACACUGCGUUCGAUCCGACUCUCCGCCCAGGAUCACGUCGCAUUGAGAGGAGAGAUUAUUGCCCGACUAGAUCGCAUUCUCGGAUUCGUUACUUAUGGCGCUCUACACUGCCUACACUGCCUACACUACAUGUAGGCGGCAGGGGGCUGGCUGUGUGUGUCCCGUGGCCAUCGCUCGCCAUCACAACACGAUGCCAGGGUCGGAAUCAGGGUGCGUGCUUCAAUGCUACUCAUCUCCACGUGCGGCACAACCGGCUUCAUCGCGUGCGUGUGGGACAAACGAUGUGGGUAAUUAGUAAUGGGUUUGCGGGUCUCUCUCCAAUGGAGCCUCAGCACCCAGCUGGCUCCCUUGUCCUUCCUUGGGCGGAUACUAAGUAUGGAUGGCUACGAUAUUGCAUCGGCCUAUGCAACACUGGACAUGCAGCACGUUAGGAGUACGUGGACUCCUUCGUCCACUACUCACCUACGUAGUAGUAACAUAUAUGGCUUAUAUGUUAAUGACCCGCAAUAGCGGCUAUGUUACCUAGAGUCUGCUAGAGGUUCAAAGCCGCAACUACGGGAGAGACAAGCAA